GGCCCCGACUUGGUGGGGCGGUGUCUGCCCCGGAAGUGCCUGUCUUCGGCUGACAGCUGCUGGCGCGGCGGCGGCCCCGAGCAAGAUGGCGCUGCGGCCGGGAGCCGGAGCCAGCGGCGCGGCGGGGGCGGGCGCGGGGCCCGGCGGGGCAGGCAGCUUCAUGUUUCCUGUUGCAGGCGGAAUGAGACCCCCUCAAGCAGGCCUGAUUCCAAUGCAACAGCAAGGAUUCCCUAUGGUCUCUGUCAUGCAGCCCAAUAUGCAAGGCAUGAUGGGAAUGAAUUACAGCUCUCAGAUGUCCCAAGGACCGAUUGCAAUGCAGGCAGGAAUACCAAUGGGGCCAAUGCCAGCAGCGGGUGUGCCUUUCCUGGGUCAGCCACCUUUCUUGAGCAUGCGUCCUGCAGGCCCACAGUACACUCCAGACAUGCAGAAGCAGUUUGCGGAAGAGCAACAAAAACGAUUUGAACAACAACAAAAGCUCUUAGAAGAAGAAAGAAAAAGACGUCAGUUUGAAGAGCAAAAGCAAAAGCUCAGACUUCUCAGCAGCGUGAAGCCCAAGACAGGAGAGAAGAACAGAGACGAUGCUUUGGAAGCCAUAAAAGGAAACUUGGAUGGGUUUUCCAGAGAUGCUAAGAUGCACCCCACUCCAGCAUCACAUCCAAAGAAACAAGACUGCCCCACAUCAUCUCAUUCUACUAAAACUGUCUCCCCAUCAUCUGCCUUUCCCGGCGAAGACGAAUUCAGUGGCUUUGUGCAGGGGCCUGUUGAGUUUCCCGCUUGCGGGCCUUCUUCCACAGCCCCGCCUUUUCAGUCUUUCCUCCCCAGCACCCCACUCGGCCAGUUACACACACAGAAGGUUGGGACACAGCCUCUGCCUCCAGCUCAGGCUCCAGUGUCUUUUGCCAUACAUGGUGUCCAUGGGCAAAUUCCUUGUUUAUCUGCUGCUUCAGCUUCCCACAGUGUGCAGAAAGCAGGCCCUUCCUUGGAAGAGAAGCUCCUAGUGUCUUGUGAUGUAAGUGCAUCCGGGCAGGAACACAUAAAAUUAAACACUCCUGAUGCUGGGCACAAAGCCAUAGUCCCAGGAUCCAGUAAGAACUGCCCUGGUUUAAUGGCCCAUAACAGGGGUGCUGUGGAUGGAUGUGUGAGUGGUCCCGCCAGUGCAGAGGCAGAAAAGACUUCAGAUCAAACCCUGUCAAAGGAAGAGAGUGGUGUGGGCGUGUUUCCCUCUCAGGACCCUGCUCAGUCCAGAAUGCCUCCUUGGAUUUACAAUGAGAGUUUGGUUCCAGAUGCCUAUAAGAAAAUUUUAGAAACCACAAUGACUCCAACUGGAAUAGAUACUGCUAAACUUUAUCCCAUUCUGAUGUCAUCUGGACUUCCCAGGGAAACUCUCGGACAGAUAUGGGCCUUAGCUAAUCGAACCACACCUGGCAGGCUCACUAAGGAGGAGCUUUACACGGUUCUCGCCAUGGUAGCAGUAACACAGAGGGGUGUUCCUGCCAUGAGCCCUGAUGCUUUGAGCCAGUUCCCUGCGGCUCCCAUCCCUACCUUAAGCGGCUUUCCUAUGACUCUGCCUACCCCAGUGAGCCAGCCAACGGCGAUGCCCUCUGGCCCUACAGGCUCCAUGCCCCUCACCCUUGGACAACCCAUCAUGGGUAUCAACCUUGUUGGACCAGUGGGUGGAGCUGCAGCACCAACUUCCAGUGGCUUCAUGCCAGCCUACCCAUCAAACCAGGUGGGAAAGACAGAAGAAGAUGACUUCCAGGAUUUUCAAGAUGCUUCGAAAUCAGGAUCCAUCGAUGAUUCCUUCACUGACUUCCAAGAGAUGCCUGCUUCCUCAAAAACCAGUAAUUCCCAGCAUGGAAACAGUGCUCCAUCACUCUUGAUCCCAUUUCCUGGAACUAAAGCCUCCACAGACAAAUACGCAGUGUUCAAAGGGAUUUCCACUGACAAGCCCUCUGAAAACCCUGCUUCGUUUGGAGAGUCUGGUGAUAAAUACAGUGCUUUCAGGGAACUCGAGCAAACGACAGACAGUAAACCUUUAGGAGAGAGCUUUGCCGAGUUCAGAUCCACAGGAACCGAUGAUGGCUUCACUGACUUCAAGACCGCCGAUAGUGUGUCACCCCUAGAGCCACCCACAAAAGACACUUUCCCAUCAGCUUUUGCCUCAGGAGCUGCACAGCAGACACAGACACAGGUGAAAACCCCUCUGAACUUAGAAGAUCUAGAUAUGUUCUCCUCAGUGGAUUGCAGUGGCGAGAAACAGGUGCCCUUUUCAGCUACAUUUAGCACAGCAAAGUCCGUUUCCACUCGACCUCAGCCAGCGGGCUCUGCAGCAGCGUCAGCAGCACUGGCAUCCACUAAAACUUCUAGUUUGGCAGAUGAUUUUGGAGAGUUCAACCUCUUUGGGGAGUAUUCAAACCCUGCAUCUGCUGGGGAGCAGGACGACUUUGCAGAUUUUAUGGCUUUCGGUAACAGCUCCAUUUCAUCUGAGCCAAAAGCAAGUGACAAGUAUGAAGCCCUCAGGGAGGAAGUGAGUCCCAGCCCCUUGUCCAGCAGCACUGUGGAAGGGGCACAGCACCCACCUGCUGCGGCAACCAAGUAUGAUGUCUUCAAACAGCUGUCCCUAGAGGGCGCUGGGCUGGCCAUGGAGGAGUUCAAAGAGAACACUUCCUCCACCAAGAGUGAAGAUGACUUUGCCGACUUCCACUCCAGUAAAUUCUCAUCCACGAGCUCAGACAAAUCCCUGGGAGAGAAAGCCGUGGCUUUCAGACAUGCCAAAGAAGACUCCUCCUCGGUGAAGUCUUUAGACCUCCCCUCCAUCGGUGGCAGCAGUGUUGGCAAGGAGGACUCUGAAGAUGCACUUUCUGUUCAAUUUGACAUGAAAUUGGCUGAUGUGGGAGGAGAUCUUAAGCAUGUCAUGUCUGAUAGCUCUUUGGAUUUACCAACAGUUAGUGGCCAGCAUCCUCCUGCCGCAGGAUCGGCCUUGGCCAGUGAGGACGCUCUUCCAGAGACUGCCUUCCCAGCUUUUGCCAGCUUUAAAGACAUGAUGCCUCAGACCACUGAGCAGAAAGAGUUUGAAAGUGGGGACUUCCAGGAUUUCACCAGGCAGGACAUGCCCACGGUGGACCGCAGCCAAGAAACCUCAUGUCCAAGCCCGGCUUCCAGUGUGGCUUCGCACGAGACCCCCAAGGAGGGUGCAGACGACUUUGGAGAAUUUCAAAGUGAAAAGUCCAAAAUCAGCAAGUUUGACUUCUUAGUAGCUAAUUCCCAGAGCAAAAUGAAAUCCAGUGAAGAAAUGAUCAAAAGUGAGCUGGCAACCUUUGACCUUUCUGUUCAAGGAUCACACAAGAGGAGCUUGAGCCUUGGGGAUAAAGAAAUAAGCCGGUCCUCUCCUUCCCCGGCCCUGGAGCAGCCCUUCAGAGACCGGUCCAACACUCUGAGUGAGAGGGCUGCGCUGCCCGUCAUCCGAGACAAGUACAAGGAUCUCACUGGCGAGGUGGAGGAAAAUGAGAGAUACGCGUAUGAGUGGCAGAGAUGCCUAGGGAGCGCGCUGGAUGUCAUUAAGAAGGCAAAUGACACCUUAAAUGGCAUUAGCAGCAGUGCUGUUUGCACAGAAGUUAUCCAGUCGGCUCAAGGCAUGGAGUAUCUUCUAGGUGUGGUGGAAGUGUACCGCGUAACCAAGCGUGUGGAGCUGGGGAUAAAAGCCACUGCUGUGUGUAGUGAGAAACUCCAGCAGUUGCUGAAGGACAUCGAUAAAGUGUGGAACAACUUAAUCGGCUUCAUGUCACUUGCCACACUCACACCAGAUGAGAAUUCACUGGAUUUUUCCUCCUGUAUGUUACGGCCCGGGAUCAAAAACGCUCAGGAGCUGGCUUGUGGAGUGUGUCUCUUAAAUGUGGACUCCAGGAGCCGGAAAGAAGAGACGCCUGCAGAAGAACAGCCUAAAAAAGCAUUCAACUCGGAGACAGACAGCUUCAAGCUGGCCUACGGAGGACACCAGUACCACGCCAGCUGUGCCAACUUCUGGAUCAACUGUGUUGAACCCAAGCCUCCCGGCCUCCUCUUGCCAGAUCUGCUCUGAAAAACUGCUCAAUGAAGCUGAUUUUUGGUUGUUUCUGUCACAGGACUCAGGGUGACAGAAAUCAAUAAAUAGAAUGCAAGUACUGCCAAGCCCCCUGCCACUGGUCUCUUUGAAGCAUUCCCCAGGAGGUAGGGUCCCACCAGAAAACCUGUCACUGCUUCUGCCUGCCCCUCUUUGAGACUUGAGGUAAAAUUACCAGACCCCAACUGCACGUGGCACUGGACAUUUGCUUGCUUAUCUCCUCUGGUUUUGUUGUUGUCGAUGGUGACGUUGGAUUGGUUUUCUUUUUUAAGGAUAGGGCCUUGAUGCAUACCCCUGGUUGACCUUCAGUUUGCAUCGAUCCUCUCAGGUCUGCCUCCCAAGUACUGGAGCACAGGCAUGUGCCACCAUACCCUAUUACUCUUGUCCUCUUUAUAUAAUUUAAAAUGCAGACCAGAGUUUUCUGUGAGGAGUAAUCUGCUGCUGAAGUGUAUGUGAAACGUUAACAAAAGAAGAAAAAUAAGUGAUGCUAGGGCUGGAAUCCGCAAGUUUGUCUUCAGCCGGCUCGCUUAUAUCGCCGUCAUCAUGGCUCUAGGAAGCAGAACACAUUUUUUUUUCUGCAUUUAGCUUUUAAACACUUGAAGUGAAUAAAAAAAAGGCUUGUGAUUAAACCGAUGAUGCUCUGUCCUGGUAAAGAGAGCACUGCUGUCUCCACUGGACAGUGGCAGGCAAGGAGGACACAUAGUCACCUCCUGUGGCACCUCACCCUCUUCCCCUUCCUGAAACUCAGCUCUGAAGGAGACCCUCCCUGCCAUGACAGGGCCCAGAGCCUGCAUCCACGAUGCACGCCAUUCUCCUUGGAGCCUUUGUUAAGAAUCUGCUGCUUUGCCCCGACAUCAAGCAUGACACAAAGCAUGGCGUUGUCCCACCAGGUCACAGCCGUGAACUGGAAUCUCUUCGUUGCCACCUCUCUCCACAAGAAGACUGCAGAGAAGGCUGGUGAGAUGGCUCAGUGGGUAAGAGCACCCGACUGCUCUUCCGAAGGUCCAGAGUUCAAAUCCCAGCAACCACAUGGUGGCUCACAACCAUCCGUAACAAGAUCUGACUCCCUCUUCUGGUGUGUCUGAAGACAGCUACAGUGUACUUACAUAUAAUAAUAAAUAAAUCUUUAAAAAAAAAAAAGAAGACUGCAGAGGAGCCAGCAAGGCUGGACUUGGCAGUACUUCAGGAGAGAGCUGAGAACGAACACAGUGGUUCUCAGCCUUCCUAAUGCUGGGACCUUUUAAUACAGUUCCUCAUGCUGUGGUGGCCUCCAGCCAUAAGAUUAUUUUUGUUUCUACUUCAUAACUAUAAUUUUGCCAGUGUUAUGAAUCAGAAUGUAGAUAUCUCUUUUCCAAUGGUCUUUGGAGACCCCUGUGAAAGGGUCAUUCGACACCCUCACAGAUGUCAUGGAUACAGGCCUACAGGUUGAGAACCACUGGCCUACUGAAAGGAACAGUAAGGUGGUGGUGGUGGUGGUGGUGGUGGUGGUGGUGGUGGUGGUGGUGUGUGUGUGUGUGUGUGUGUGUGUGUGUGUGUACAUACACUUCAAAUGCAGCAAAGGAAAACGGUUAGCAGCACUGAAUUUUCAAAGGGAAAGGCUCACACUGGUAUAGGAAUUUGUCAGAUAAACAAGAUGCAUAAAACCAAGAGAACGGGAGCUUAAGUUGUUAAGAGGGGUUGUUCCCAGGAGAAGCCAGGGAGUCUGGGAGAGCUGUUUUUCUGGCGUGUGGGUCCGGGCUUUGGGAAGACUUGCUCUCUGGAUCUCACAUGCUCCCCUCAUCUGAUGUGGUUUUCAUUUGGAAGUCUAAAAUGUUGGGUUUUGUCUAUCUCACUCCUGCUUUUACGUAAUUCAUCAUCUUCCCCGAGGGGACAAAACCUGAGGGGUCUCUGUGCUCUUCCUUCUUGUACCUUGUGUAUUAUCCCCAAGCUAGGGAUCAUUUUCAGCUGGUGAUGCAGCUCUCCUUGGCCUUGCUGUGGCCCAGAAGGCAGGGCGAAAAGCUGGCGAGUCCAGUUACUCAUCUGUUCCAGGUGACGUCAUCUCCAGCUCCUGACAGUCAGAAAGCUGUCUGCAUUGUGACCACAUGGCCUCCCCUUCCCCAGGGCUGGUGGAGUGUGGAGGGAGGCUCCACACUCAGAGGUAGGCUGCUUUUCAGUGCACUCUUGUAAUGGCCCCCAGUGUCUCUCCAUGCCCCAGAGUAACAAGUGAGCCCUCCAGUCUAUACUCUAGAUAUUAGUAACAGGAUUGACCUUAGCAUUAGGAAUGGUCCCAGUUUAGCCACAUUUAUACCACUGAAGCGUUUCUGGAAAUGCUGUGUGAAGUGUUUUCUGCCCAGUGGCCUGUAUCCAUGACAUCUGUUAAAGUACCUGUGAGCUAGAUCUUCUCCACUCCUAGUUAGUCACUCCUUGGGAGGUGCCAGAGGAAAACUCAGUAGGCGUAGGCAAAAAGCCUUUACCAUGAAAAUUAUUGACUGUUUAAUGCUUCAAAGGCUUAGUUAGAAUCCUCCAGCAGGGGUUAGGGGGAGUGCGCAACAUUAGCCGGCUGAUUUUCUUUGCAUGCAUGUAUUGAAAUGACUCAUGUUGCAUUCAGCUUUACCUCAGCUCUUGUUAGCCAAGAGCCUGGUCCGUGUCCUUGGAAACAGUAACCAAGGUUACCGUUCUCAAUGCUGUACAUUGUGUCGGGCAGCUUCACCCACAGAUUGAAUGGCGACUAAUGAGCACUUGGGUUUGGGUGCCGUGCCUUGCCUUCUGUCCUGUGGUUGGUGUGUGACCUGUGUGGCCAUGCUUGAGACAGAAGGGUCUCGAGGUGCCCAUGGAUACCAUCUGAGCUUCCCUGUCUCAGUCUGCUAGUUAGCAUACCAUCUGGGAAACACAUUUUAAAUUGGUAUUUUGUGUUGCUAUAUGUAUUUUAGGUGUUUAGGUGUUUUGCUUGUUUUUAUUUUUGGUCCUAUUUCCUGUUUUCCUAUUUAUGUGUCAUCAAAAAGAUUUCUCAAACAGAAAUUGGAAAUGCUUGCUUUGCACUGAGGGCUGCUCUAAGGCCCCUAAGUAACAUCGAGGUCAAACACGCUUUAACAGUUAACAAAUGAACUCUGACAUUUUCAGACAUCUGUCAUGCAGGAGCCAUUGGAGCCUGCUGUAGACAUUCCAGCAGAUGCCAGAAUGCAGGUCAAGAUGUGUGUAGCCUGUGGUUUGUCUAGAUUGGGUACCACUUAUGUGGAAAGGGCACACCAAAUAAUUGAAAAGCCCCCUCCUUUCCAAGUCCAGCCAAGAAAUAGGGCUUAUGUGAAACGGCUCAGUUUUAAAACAAACAAAAAAACAAAACAAAACAAAAACAAAAACAAGAAAGCUUUACAAGUGCUUUUCUAACAAAGUAUAAUUGCAAUGAAAUUUUACUUGGUUCCAUUCUUUAUAUGGUGAACAUAGUGCAAGUGACUUUUAAACAGGUCCCCUGUGACCUCUCACAUCGCAGCUGUAGCCCAACUACUAUGAUGAAUGUCGCAAGCCCACCGUGAAACAGCCGGCUUGUGUGUGUGAUGUGGAACAUGGUCCUGUAUGUUAAAAGUUGGUGUGUCGCUUUUCCCUUGUGUACGUUCUAAUAAACAACUACUGUGCUGUGUUUAUACACUGUAAAA